AUGUACAUCAAUGAUGUUGGUCAUAUGACGGACGAAAACUUAGCACCUUUUCACCGGAAUCGAAUGAGAGGAAUCCGAUGUCGUCUUCUGGUCCAACCGACUUUGGAAUCUCGUCACCCAACACUUUCACUCGAAAUGGAAGUAAGCCAAACGGCAGCAGUACAACGAGAUUCAUCCGUCCUCUUCUGUUUCUCUUCGUAUCUAAAGCAGAGGACUUCGGCCAAGUGGCGUCCAAACAAGUCAACCUGCCAGCUCGACCAGGCUACGAGAACCGGAUCAGCCCAUUGCUUCAUCGUGGACAGAUCAUCCGUUGGAGUCAUUUGCGAUGCUCUCGACUGGUCAGUCCAUACUGCCGCCCGACUACUAGUACGUGUGCUCACAGCUCGGCCGGCUGCAUCUUCUGUGCCUAAGUGGAUUCCGGUAGAGGGUGGCGUCUCGUCUGCCCGACAGUCGGCGCAUUUUUGUCUGAAACGCCAUGCAUGA